CUUUACGAGCCAAUAAAAUCUAAUAAGAGAUAGUAUUAGAUCAUAUGCGUUAAUUAAUUUUUAAGAAAAUAUAUAUCCUACAAAAAUUUAUUUAAUCAUCGACAGAAGUUUUUACUUUAAUCUUGUUACAUAUUGAUUUUGAUUUUUGUUUCAAAUUAGAUAAUGGGUCAACAAGUCGCAUGAUCCAGGCCCAACAGGCCGUCGCCAAAAAGUCGAAGUCUUGUUCAAUCUUCAAUUUAUUCAAUUCAUUUCCGUUUGAAGGAGGUAGUCGGAGACUGAGAAUCAUCUGAGAUCGGAAACGACAAACCUAAUUUUCCCGAAGAAUCGAGACCAUUAUGUGGAGGAGAAUCGUUUCAUCGCAUCUUAAAUCCAUCUCCGCCGUCGGGUCCUGCGCGGCUCCGUCGUGCAGGCACGCCGUCGUAGAGUCCACUCACCUUUCUCUCUCGACUCGUGCAUCCUCCAUUCCCGCAUAUUCCUCCAUAUUCUCUCGUUUAAUCGGCUCCGCUGCAGCGGAUACUGCUGUGAAGAAGCGUGUUGAAGAUGUGAUGCCUAUUGCAACCGGUCACGAGAAAGAGGAACUACAAGCCGAAUUGGAGGGGAGGAAGCUGGACGAUAUAGACUUUCCUGAAGGGCCUUUUGGAACAAAGGAAGCUCCUGCUGUAGUCAAAUCCUACUACGACAUGAGAAUAGUUGGUUGCCCUGGAGGUGAAGGAGAGGAUGAGCAUGAUGUUGUCUGGUUUUGGCUGGAGAAAGGCAAGUCUUUUGAAUGCCCUGUGUGUACACAGUACUUCAAGCUUGAAGUGGUCGGCCCUGGAGGACCUCCUGACGGACAUGGUGAUGACCAUCACUGAUCCAAGGAAAACAAUCUAUUGUAAUAAGAAAUAGUGUGGCUUCUGCUAAAUGUGAAGCAGCCUCGUCUUGUUUUUUUUUUUUGGUUUUAAUUCUACCCUCAGUUCUCUACCAAUUGCUUCAGUGAUUGCCUUAAACCGCCGAAAAUAGAUGGUCCAUCUUCAGGCUCUCGUCGCCAUUUUUUGCCAAAUAAUUGAGAUGCUACCUUUGUUCUUUCUCCUUGUGCUCAUGUGUUUAUACGUGAUUUUCAAAAAUUGUUUUAACGAAAAAGAAAAUUCUUUAAAGGUGACAAUUAAAAAGGGAAUUAAUUUUAUGUAUGUUGGCUUGCUU